GGAGGCGACUGAAAGCAGGGAAGGAGGCAAGUGAGUGUUGUGGAGUCUGUAGGCUGGUCCAUGGCGGACUGCUGGAGCUUUCUUACAGCUUCGUCUCCCGAUGAGAGCGUAUAAUGGCAGUGACGGGACCACCGUCCUCCUUUCUCACUUCUCUCAGGGGCCGGCAAGUUGCGACUUGGUGCUCCAAAAAACCCACAAGGAGGAUGGUGUGAAAUAUCCGCCAGGAGAUCCCUGACGCCGCCGUGCAGGGCCACCUUGUAUCUUCUUCUUCCGUUUCCAAAGCUUAUUGCAUCUGAGCACAGACGCCUGUUUUGAACUGAGUGGGAGUUCUCUCCCUCCCACUCACUUCUCCCUCUUCUUCUUCUUCUUCUCCUCAUCUGAUCGCUACCUCCAAAGUCAACGCCAUGGACUGAUCCCUAUAGCACCAAGCUGUCCUCCUUCCUUCUCCCUCUCUUUUCUUUUUCUUUUAUUUUUAUUUUUGUCGAGGCUUCAAGUGAAUUGCCGAGACCUGUUUCAUGCAUGUCCACUGGAGGCAGAUUCAACUUUGACGAUGGGGGGUCAUAUUGCGGUGGGUGGGAGGAGGGUAAGGCGCACGGCCACGGGAUAUGCACAGGACCCAAGGGCCAGGGCGAGUACUGUGGGUCUUGGGCCCAUGGCUUCGAGCUGCUGGGCGUCUACACUUGGCCCAGCGGGAACACUUACCAGGGCACGUGGGCGCAGGGCAAACGACACGGCGUGGGCGUCGAGAACAAGGGUAGAUGGGUCUACAAGGGCGAAUGGACGCACGGCUUUAAGGGACGCUACGGCCUACGGGAAAGCACCGGGAUGAGCGGAAAGUACGAGGGAACGUGGAACAACGGGCUGCAAGACGGAUACGGCACUGAAACGUACUCAGACGGAGGCACCUUUCAGGGCCAGUGGGUUGGUGGGAUGCGGCACGGCUAUGGUGUUCGCCAAAGUGUCCCAUAUGGCAUGGCGGCCGUCAUCCGCUCCCCUCUCCGUACGUCCAUCAACUCCCUUCGCUCCAGUUCUGAACACAGCAACGGUACAGCUCUACUUGACCGGACCGGCGCAAUAGUUCCUGUUCCUCCCCCUGUUCCUGGCACCUUGUCCACCAGCGUCUCCAUGUGCAGCACUGGAAGCAGCGGCAGCAGUCCUGCAGUCUCUAGAGGAGGUUUCGUACUGACGGCACACAGUGAAACUGAGCUCCUAAAAGGGAAGCGGAAGAGUGGGCUGUUUGGGAGGUCCAUUCUGUCCGGGCUUAAGCUGAGGAAGUCUGAGUCUAGGAGCUCUCUGGCUUCUCAAAGGUCAAAACAGAGCUCGUUCAGGAGUGAAGCUGGAAUGAGUACUGUGUCUUCAGCUGCGUCUGACAUCAACUCUACAAUCAGCCUUGGAGAUGCAGAUGCGGAGUUGGGAGUAGCUGAUGAUGAUGUGGACGCCACAGCAACAGAAACCUACUGCGGGGAGUGGAAAAAUGACAAGAGGACAGGAUUCGGAGUGAGCCGGCGGUCCGACGGGCUGCAGUAUGAGGGAGAGUGGCUCAGCAACAAACGCCACGGCUAUGGCUGCACCGCAUUUCCCGACGGCACGAAAGAGGAGGGGAAGUACAAGCAGAACAUCCUGGUGAGUGGCAAGAGGAAGAACCUGAUCCCGCUCCGAGCCAGUAAGAUCAGAGAGAAGGUGGACCGAGCCGUGGAGGGAGCACAGAAGGCAGCAGACAUCGCACGCCAGAAAGCUGAGAUCGCUCUUUCCAGGACGGCUCACGCGCAGGGUAAAGCAGAGGGAGCUGUUGGAGCAGCCCUGAAAGCUCAAGAGGAGAGUCGCAUGGCCAGAGUCACUGCCAAGCAGUUCUCCCCUUCCUUCCAGCACCCAGGAAAUGGCAUGGAGGUGCAACGUCCCAAGUGUCAGGUGUCCAGCGAGGUGGAGGGUGAUGGCUUGUCGAGUAGCGCCGGAACUGCAGACAGCCCUGACCUCUACGUGAGGAGCACAGGCUCAGAUGACCCCUCCAAUGCCACACCAGAUCUCAGUCCCCCUUCUUCCUCACCUCCCCACAGUCCUCCUGCCCCAAUUCGGUCAUCCCAGCGCAGCAAAAGUGCUCGCUUUCACCGGCAGACUGCAGUCGACCAUGGAGACAGGGUGAAAGAAGGGGGAGAGCGAGGUGAGAAGGAGGGGUCUGGAGGGCAGACAGAAAUCCAGGUGUUGAUAGAGGGAGGGAAUAGGGAGAGUGAAGGUGGCGGAGGAAAGGUAGAGUACAUACGGGCAAAAAGCUGGAGUGAUGAAAAAAGGAAAGGGGUGUUCCACAAAGAAGGAGGGGGGCUUAGCGGACAAGGAACGAGGAGGACCAAUGAACAUAAACAGAGCUCCUCCAAUCACAAGUCUCGGGACCAUGGCUCAUCUAAUCAUAAGCAAGCCAGGGGAGACAGACGGACAGAGACAUUUUCUUCUGCCUCUUGGACGUCUGGGCACAGAGGGGCGCACAGCAGAGGAGGGCGUCUUCUUGAGCAGGACGAAGAGAAAAUGAGCAAUUAUGAAAUGGAGAUGAAGCCUUUACAGCCCAGAGAUUCCACUACCCACAAGCCCCAUGGGCACGGGGAGGAGAAGCACGGGCACAGUCAUUCUCAUGGAGAGGGGCGCUCACACACAUUACAGCGACAGCGGCAUAAGAACCGAGACGGGAGAGAAGGAAGAGAGGGGAAAGAGGGCAGGGAAGGUAAAGACCAGCCAGAGAGAGUACAUCUGGCCGACAAGGCGGAUUCUCGGCCUAUACGACGGGACCUGACCCUCUCUCCCCCUCUGAAGUCCUCCCCCAUCGCACCAGAGCAUCAGGAUCAAGGUCUCAUACAGCGCAAAGGCCACUCAGCCUACAGCUUUAUCUUGGUUGCCAUGGUGAUUCUUCUCAACAUUGGAGUGGCUAUUUUGUUUAUCCACUUUUUUAUUUAAGAAUAGCAUUGUUUUCAGAAUUAGCCUAUACAUGCUACAACUAUAAAUUUAUAUAGUUAUUAUGAGGGAUCUGCUCUCCCUUUGUGCUCCUGUAAAAAUUACUGCAGCCACCUGAAGGACAUCGAGGGGAACAAUCCAAAAGAUUUGGGCUCAAGAUGACAACCAUGAAGGCGACACAGAAGUGCAGAGCCCAAUGAAUGUAAGAAGGGUACACCAGCCUAGGUAAAUGGGCUGCAUUUUACAGUCCGGAAACUGAACUAAAGUGAGCUUCAGUAGUUCACACCUUGACUAAAACUUGUCUGAUUCCCAGGCCAUGGCAUUAUAGCACGUAAUGCCUGCUUCCAUUGUCUGGAGACAAAAUAUAUAAACUUUUUCAUCUUCAAACCAUAGUUUACAACAGAUUUAUACAAUCUAAUUUCUUUAUGAACAUUUUCUUUCAUGUAUCAUAUGUUGAUGAAUAUAUUUAUUUUGUAAGCCCGUCACUUGACUCGAUAUGACUCCAUCUUUUCAGUUCUUCCACCUGUUCAGGUGUUGUUACUGAUGUUGUAUUUCUUUAAUCUCUGUCAGGAGAGCCAAAUGUAGGGACUGAAUCACAGCACUAUCUAGAUAGACUCUUGGAGGCUGCCUAUCCAUGUAACCUGGGCAUGCACACACACUCAUGGCUUUUUCUCCCAUCCCACUCCUUAAUGCAGCAUCAUCUGUGUGUGAGUCAACUGCAUGUCUACGGUGUGCCUCCACAAAGCCAUUGUAAGUUUGCAAUGAGCAGAGAACAUCUCAUAUGGACAUGCUCUCUACUCAUCCACAUCUAACUCAUCCACAUCUAACUUUUCCGGCAGUGAUGCUCGCUCCGUCUUUCCCUCCUACUUUUUCCCACCUCCACACUCAAGAGUCAUUAAUCUGUGCUUCCUCUCGGGUGGUGGGAGUUCAGCACAGACUGCAGUCCAACACCUGCUGUACAACUGUCAGAGGUCUUUAGAGACAAUAUUCAAGUGUAUGUACCACUGUGGAUGUGACAAUACAAAAUCCAUCCCAGCUGACUUUUGGCAAGUGGCAGGGUACAACCAGGACUGGUCACCAACCAGUCGCAAGGCAACAACAUACACUAAGUACAAAUGUAGGGAUAUUUGGCUUUUGGGUGAAAUUUCAGAAUGAGCCUAAUAUACACUAUAGCCUUAAAACUUUACCUUCUAUAAGCUUUUAAAUGAUCAUGUCCAGGUGUUUGAUUGUUGAGUUCUUUCUGCACAACUGAAUGCCAAAAUUCACAACAGGUGUUUAAUCCAAGAAUUGAACAAUACAUUUCGUGGUUCAAUUAGAAUUGGUAUUUAAACAGUUCUCUUUAUCAUGCUGUUCCCAUUUUGACAUCAUGAGAUGAAGACGACACCUAACAAUUGAUGGACAGUGCCUCGCCAUUGUGAGACUUUAAACAGGACGUUCUCACAGGGAAGUGGGCACUGAGGUUUGAGUGCCACAGAGUGUCAUCAGAAUCUUUAUUCUUUGUGUGUGUGUGUGUGUGUGUGUACGCGCGGACAC